CGAUCUCGUUGCGCGUCCCAGCGCUCUUUUGCUUUCCCUCGAUCCUUUCCUUUCAUCAUUCAACGUAUAUCUCGAUGAAUUUACCUCCAGAAACAUAUUAUCGUGAAUUCCCUAGUAAAACGGUCCUAAACGCGAAUGGGAAAAUAUUUGGAAAAUUGCAAACUGAUAAACAGAAUUGUUCGAGGAAGUUGUUUUCUGUGAAGCUUUCGUGCGUUUCGAGACCGCUUGACAGCAGUAAUCGAGUGUAAAUUCAUCGAUUAUUCUAGUUUCCGUGGAUUUACAUUUUUACACGAACAUUUCGUUCAAAACACUUAAAAAUCGUUUCGUUUCGUUUGAUCCCACGUGCUUCGUUAUUGUCCUGGUUUUGCGGUUUCUAACGUAUUAUUAGAACGGUGUGUAACAAUGCGGCAACCAUUGUCAACUACAUGAAGAUUUCCAUCUACGUACGGAUGGCGAGCAUUUCUGGAAAUUCGUUUGAUAGCGCGUUUCGUUGCGCUUAAGAAGAAAACGAAAUUCUUUGACGUCAGCAUACCGCGAUGUAAACGUGUGUUUGUAAUAGAAUUAUUUUUAGUACGAAGCGUUCACCUGGUAAUUAGCGACAGGGUAGAUAAAAGUGGUUACAUAAAUUUUGAAAAACAUAAAUGGGGUUGUGCCAGUGGAGGCAGCGGGGGACCUCCCUCGCUGAGGAGUUUAGAAACUCCAACCCCCAUGCCAACUCCUCCGACACCAUUUUUUAGUCCCGAGUGCCCCUUGUCUAAUACAACCAAUAUACGGGGUCAAACUACCCAAAGAUCUAAAUCGCGAGUGGAUGCAAUGUUGGAACGUGCUCUGACACAGCCACAACAGUGUUCCGUGGAUCCGCUUUACAACGCCCAAAGUUGGGGAAUUCCUAUUUGGGCAAUUGACAAACUUCAGGUUUGGCUUGACAAAAUCUAUGCGUCUAUCGAAGAUACUAAUCACUUAAAACGAUUAAAGCGCUCAAAUCAGCAAAGUUCGACUAAAGAAUUGAAGGUCAGGCAUCUUAAGGGUCCUUAUUUAAAAUUUGAAUCCUUUCAAAGGAAUACUAGACCUGUGUUCGUUGAACUACCCGUGUGGCCAACACUGAAUUUUCACGGGGAUCCAGGCUCGUGUCCUUUCAAUACGAAAAGACGAGAAAAGCUGGAAAAAUUACGAAAAGAAGUAAAAGAAAAUAGGGAAGGUAUUCAGCGUAUCAACCGAGAGGAGGAUAAAGAAAUGACUCGGCGGCCACGUACAACUGCUCGUACACGUAGAACAGAACAACUAGUGUCCGGUUAUUGUGAAAUCUGCCGUAUUAGUUAUCGAGAUUUAUCAAAACAUGUACAAAGCGAUCAACAUCUAAGCUUCGUUCAAAAUGAUGACAAUUUCUUGUCCUUGGAUACGUUAAUUAACGCAGGAGCCAACGUAGAAGCGUUUUUAAAGCUAAAUAGAACAAAAGAUAUAGAAAAAGACUGCAAUUUGUUUUCCAAUGGAGAUCGUAAUCUUCAUGAUUCAGUACUGCCAGAAGGAAAAGUUACUAGAAACUCGAAAAGUUUAGGAGAUUUUGAUGUAGAAGAUGUAAAGAUGGGCCAGUGUAAUGGAAAUCGUAGGAAUCUCAAUUUGAAGCUAAGCUCGCCUCAUAAUUUACGUACCCGCGCGAAACACGAAAGUGGACAUUUAUUGAGGUCGAAAGGUAGCCCCUGGCACGAGGUCGACAAGGCGGAAAAGUUUUACGACAAAUUCGAAGGUUUUACUAUUAAGAAACGAGCAAAGGGAACAAUAUGGAUCGAGGAGGACGAGCCAGGUGACAACUUUGCGCAAGAAGACGAAUUGAAAGAAUCGAAGCACAAUGAGUACAAGAUAAAAACGUUUACAGCUGAAUUGGAUGAGAAGUGUAACGACGAAAGGAAUUGUAAUAUUGUGUGUAAUAAACGGAAGGAUCCGGGUAAUCAGGUUAUACAAAGGGCGGUAGUUACCUGCGGUGGUGAAGAGGACAGUGUCGGGAAUACGGAAUGCAUCAAACAAGAACGAAGUCCGAUAAAGAACAGGAAUUACGAGCAUAUAAAUGGAAGUAUAAAAAAUAAUUGUAGUGCAAAUACUUUAAGUACAAAUGAUCACAAUGGUUUUGAGUCUUGCAGGGUGUGUAGGAGUGAAACUUCGAAAGAAUUAAAUUACAAGGUACAGCUUGAGAAUACUGAAUCCGGUACGAAAAAAUUGUCGGAAACGUGUGAGAUCAAUGGGAAGAGUAUUAUUUGUAAUGGUCACACCAUAAAGGAGGAACAGAAGAUUGACAAAGCGUUGAACGAUACAGAGAAGAACGAAACGAAGGAUGAUAAACCGAGAUAUUUGAAAACAGUCAGAAGAGGCGGUAGGAGUACCAGGGGACGGCACAGAUUGUCCGUCGAGGAACGUCUGAUCGAGGAUAAUCGUGCUUAUUAUAAAGUGGAAGUUUUAGGAAGUAAAUUAAGGUCAAGUGUAUUGUCGAAUAACAAUUCCCAAUGUACUGUACAGAAAGAGGGGAAUAGCGAGGAAAAGAAGGAAGUGCCAUCUAGUGAAAAACCAGUAGUUGUACGAUUUAAGCGUGUAAGAAAAUCCGAAUUGUCGUUGUUAAGCGACGAAGCGGAGUCUUUUAUGUUCGGCGAACUUAAACGGGACGAUUCGAGUGAGAUAAGCGACGGAGAUCAGAGCAGUUUUUUGCCGAGAGAUACCGAAAGUGAAUGCAACGGUACUGGAAACUCGAUAUGCCCUAGUUCGUCCCUCGACUCUAGUUCUUUUAUAAAAUCGGAAACCGUUGAGGAGGAUUCCCAAGAUUCCGUGAACUUGGGUCGAGCUAGGAAGAGAAGACGAACGCAGGCCGAGGCUCUUAUCAAAGACAACGUUGAUUACUACAAAUUCGAAACCCCUGGAAGUAGAUUAAGGUAUCAGGCACCUUUGACCGGUAUUAAGGAAUCUUCGGCGCUAGAACAAACGGAGAAGAUCGAAGAUGGAAUUAAUACGGAAACGGUACAGAAAGAUGUGGAGAAAGUGUAUCCGUCCAAACCCUCGCCAGAGGUUGAAAAAAUGCAAUUCUCCUUUGAGGCUAUACCAAAAUCCGAGCCAUGGUAUCAAACGUACCAACGGCAGGACAAUGGUGCUGAAUUUUGGCAUUACUUUAGCGAAGGAGACACGCAAAAGCCGUUUCUUCUACCGUACGAGAUCGAAAAUUUUCACGAAAUUUUAUUGAAAAAUCAAAGCAGAAACGAGAACAAGAAAAAAGGACGAGGACGAAGCGCGGGUUGUAUCGGACGAUCACCAAGGAAAAGCCCCCGUUGCCAUGCAUCCACGUUAGCCAUCAUGUCGACCAUAAUUAGGAAAAGAGAACAGCAACAUCGCCCUCCGAAUUCGUGCACGAUGGAAGAGUGUCAGCCUACUGUUAGGCUACAGACGAACGCUUCUAAACCGGAUCAAAAGGUUGAAUUGAAAUCAGACAUAGACGAGGAAUUGAAGGAAAUGGUGAAGACCAUCGACGAGAUGCUGAAUGCAAACGACGAUCAUUUGGAAUUGGCUGACUCGUUCGAGCCGGACGGUACACAGAUGGAAUUGAAUCCCAGCGAGGCAACCAUUCCCAAGGGACCACCUCCGAAUUUGCUUGAAUUACUGGACACUUGUCACGAGAUUGCUAAUUGUUUAGAAAACUCGUCGUGCGCGAGUUCCGAGUGCGGCGAAGGCAACGUCGAAUCACCGUUGAAACGAAGGAAAAAGAGGAAAAACAGAACAGGAUGGCCUGGUAAUAAAAUGAAGAAAAAGCUUCAAAGUAAACCUCUAGCUUACGCGAACUGCGAGAGGAGAAAUUUAUUGGGAAAAGGUAGCGAGGAGAAUCAGAAAAAUUGUAACGUGCAGGUCACGACGAACAGCUCGAACGGAUUGACGGAAGAAGCUGAUACGAGAAUAGUCAGAUCGGUCGGAAGUAUAGGGCAAGAUGCUGAACAGAUCUUAAGUUUUGACGAAAGAAAAACCGAUGGAUGUUUAUUCGAAAUGUACACCACCUCUGUUAACGAACCGAACGAGAAGAAAGAUCAAAGUAUAGAGAUACUUGAUAACUCUGUUUUACAUAUAAACGCGGAAGCUCGUAUAGAUUCGAUUGCGUCUGAUAUUUGUAACGAGACCGACAGGGAUUUCGUGCUAAACGAAAAUUACACGUUCAGAAAAGAUCUGCCUGAGGUUAUAGAGAUAUCGGAGAACGAUCCGGGGAACGACGAGAAUCAUGAGAAUGUGUUUCGAAAGGAUGUUAAUUCCAUAUCCGAGCGACGCUUUAUAUCAAAAGCGGCUAUAAAGAAGCGACAGCGUGACAAUACAUCCUCCGAAACUUGCGAGUCUCGCGUGGACCUCGAGAAACAUGAAAUUUUAUGCAGAAAGGACGAGUUACCAAGGAAACGUCAGCCGAAGAAUCAUUCGGAAAUCUCCGAUACAGAGAUCGUGCAUCGCAAUAACGUGUACAAAAAGGGUAGAGUUACGUCGCGGAAACGGAUUUACCCGAAGAAGCGCGCGAAAAAGAACAAUGUGUCUUCGGGCGCGGUGUUCGACGAUGAGAACUGUAAAAAAGAUUCUUAUUUAAGUAUUACGUGUAAAAAACAGAGUCUGAAAAGCGUGAAACGGCAAACAGAUACCGUGUCGUCGGAAGCCAGGGAUUCCGACGUCGAGUGUACGUUAUCCAGCCGAGUUAGUCCUACGAUAAUAACGAGUUCGGAGCUGAAACAAAGACGGUCGAGUAUUGAAUUUCAGCCGGUUGUUAGAAUGAUGAAGAUCGACGAUCAAGUCGAAACGGACCACAGUAUUUUAUCGGUAACGAUCGCGAGUAACAGACGGUUAAGAAGUUCCAGUUCUUCGAGAUCAAACGCUCAACCACCGAAAAAACGUUUGAAGACCAGCCGUGGUCAGUUCGGUAGGUGGUUGAAAAAUAGCUGAAAUCCUCGAUAAACUUUCUGUUAUAGAUUAACUUUCAAAAUCGAGAUACGCUUUUUUUUUAUGAGAUCUCUUUGUUGAAAUUUAAUCUAUAUCGUUCGUCGACUGUACAUUGUGUAUAAAAUAUUAUUUGUGUAUGUAGAAUAGUAUUUAACAUUAUCGGCACCAUUGAUAGAGUUUUAUUAAUAAUUUUCCUUAAUGUCUGUUUCUGAUAAUGAUUCUGUUCAGAACGUUGUACAUUCUUUACCAUACAGCCUUUGCAUACUUGAACGAGAAAUCUUUGGUAUGCGUGUAAUUCUGCGUUUAUAAAGUGCUUUCCUUUCCUUUAAUUUUACUUUACUCCGUAUACGUGCCAAAUAAGUACGUAUAAAACUACUUUUUCAUUCGUUAAGAACAUAUCGUGGAAUACAUGCAAGGCUGUAUGAAAAAGCUUUAUUGUAGCAUAACGAUUAUUUUCUCUGUUACAAAAUACAUCAUUGAAUGUAA